AUGGCCUCCCGCGAGCGCUCCACCCCUUCAAUCACAACCACCGCCAACACAAUGCGCUCCCCAAUGCUCGCCCUCCUCAUCUACCCACUCACCCUGUUCGUGGGCUCCCUCUUCUCCGUCCUCUCUCCCACCGCACAGGGCAUCCGAUCCAGCUCCCAGGCGUCCCCCUCGCCAAUGACUCCCUCGCUCGCCUCCAGCGUGCACCUUUCCCCCCCAAGCCCGGUCAACUACUUCGCCCGCAAAGACAACAUCUUCAACCUCUACUUCGUCAAAGUCGGCUGGCUCUGGACGACCAUUGCCUUCGCGUCCCUCCUCGUCUCCCAACCCGCGUACACGAGCCCCUCGACGCACCAGCCCCGCCGCCUCGCCCAGGCGCUCCUCCGCUACGCCCUCGCCACCGCCGCCUGGUAUCUAACCACGCAGUGGUUCUUUGGGCCGGCGAUCAUUGACCGCGGGUUCGUGGUUACGGGGGGGAAAUGUGAGGAGAUUCUGCGGGAGACGCCGGUUGAGGUCGUCGAGCGGGAGGGGAGUGUCUCCAGGGGUCUGGAGAGGCUGUUUACGGCGGCGGCGUGUAAGGCGGCCGGUGGGGUGUGGGCUGGGGGCCAUGAUGUGAGUGGGCAUGUGUUUAUGUUGGUGUUGGCGACGUCGAUGUUGGUGUUUGAGGCCUUUGGGGCGGUGAGGAGGGGUGGGUUUGGGGCGCGGGGUGGGGAGAAGAAGCAGGAUGGGGAUGGGGAUGGGGAGGGGGAGAGAGAAGGGGAUGAGCAGGCUGAGAAAGAGGGCGAGGAGGGUGGUGUUAUGGGGGUUUGGUCGCUGCGGUUUGUCGCUGGGGUGGUUGGCUUGGGCUGGUGGAUGUUAUUCAUGACCUCGAUUUGGUUUCAUACGUGGUUGGAAAAGUGGUCUGGGUUGCUGAUCGCCCUUGGAACGAUCUAUGUGGUCUACAUCUUGCCAUUGGGUGCGCCGGCGUGGAGGGAUACCGUGGGGAUUCCGGGUGUAUAG